AUGUUUCAAUUUACCCUUCCUACAGUACUUAAAAAUAUAACUGAUAAUGAAAUUAUUAAUUAUUCAUUAUUUGGAGAGUUUACAAUUACUAGUAAUCUUCUGAUGUUAUACAAAACUGUUUUAAAUACAACAUUAGAGAAAAAUAAGAAUGAAUUAGAAAUAGAAGAUGUACAUUUAGAAAUUAUAAAACAAAUAUCUUUAGGUUGUUAUAUUCUAGUAAAUGUUAUAAUCUUAGAACUUGGCGAUUCACCGAAUUGUGAUAUUAAUGUUCAUAAUUCAUAUGAAAUGUACCAUAAAGAUUUAUCUAUUGGCAAUGAUGACCAUCUUUAUAUUGCAUGUGAUCAAGCAAUUUUUGGAAGAUUGAUUUUCUAUAAAGAGAAACAUUCAGAGGCUUGA